CACACGGCGUAUGCGUGAUUAAUUGCACUUUAAACACACAGAAGCAACGGAGGACUGGAAACUGGAAACGAAGGAAACGCUGUCAAAAUGUUGCCAACCAAUGUGAUGACAUUCAUGAAGAAGAUGGUGGCCACCGAUGAGCCGUCCAACGAGCGGCAACAGCAUGCCACGGACUCGGGUGGCGGCGCCUCCAAUACGGGCGCCCUGAACAAGAUGAAGGCCACGCUCUCCUCGUCGCUGCUCACCGUAACAGACAAAGUUAAUAAAAUGUCGCCACGCCCCUCGCUGGUGCCAACGGAUGCGGACACAAGCGGCAGCUACGGCUCGCCCAGCUAUCAGCAGCAGCAGCAACAGCAGCAGCAGCAGGACGCCGGCAGCAGCAGCAACCAGAACAACAACAACCACAGCACGACAAGCGGCAGUGGUGGAGGCGGGGCAGCGGCCAAACAGGAGCCCGGACGCAGGGCUGGGGCCUGCAGGGUGUGCCUCAAGUCCUUCAAGCCGGACGACUACCACAAGACGUGCUUCGAGUGCCAGCAGCGGGUGUGCGAGGACUGUGCCAGCUACAGCAAGCUGGACGAGCACGAGGAUGCGACCAUGUGGCGCUGCAGCGUGUGCCGCCGCAAGAUGGCCUCGCGCGUCUGCAUACCCCAGGACUCGACGGACUCGAUGCUGGAUGUGCCCGUCAUGGAGGCACUGCAGCGACGGCAUUCGGACGCCAAGCUGGGCAGCAGCACCCAGACCCUGGCCCCCAGCAACGGCGCAGCCUUGGCCCCGCCGCGCAGUCCCGAACUGCGGCGACACUCGGACGUUUCGCCCGCCUCGCUGAAGGAGCUGGAACGGCAGCUAAAAGGUGGCCGCAGCAUGGCGCCCAGCCGCUCCAACAGUCCCCCGCGUGGCGAUGGCCAGGAGCCACCGUUCGGAGCGCCCCUAUCGCGCAUGCAGUCCAGGCGUGGCUCCCGGGUGGCCCGACAGCACAGCUACGACGAUGACAUGAAGACGGGCCCCGUGGGCGGCAGCAUGGGCGGCGGUGGACCGGCGUUGGGCAUGGCAGCGGAUGGUUCCGGCCUGGGCAUACCAGCAAUGCCGCGCAGAAAGUCCGCCUACGAUGUGUUUGCUCCGGGACUGGUGCAGGGCGGAGUGUCGCCGGGUGGAGGCCAGCAGCAGAUGCAGCGGUCGCCGUGUGAGGGCGGCGGCAUCAUGCCACCCAUACAGCUGCCCGGCUCGCGCAGACCCUCGUUCCGGGUGCCGCACCCCUCGGAGGAUAUGCAGAACGAUGAUUCGCCCGGUUCGCCGGACCACGGAAGCCCCGUGCUGACGGUAGACGACGACCGGCGCAUGCGACGACGCGGCUCACAGCUACCCGACAUUGCAAUGCUGCAGAAUCGCGGGGCCUUGCCAGCGGCACCGCCCGCCUCGAUUCCGCCACCGAUGGCUGCGUUCACGGGCCCCAAUCUGGAGGAUUUGGAGGCGCCACGCCGUCAGACCUCAAUGGAUGGCGAGGCCAUACGCAUUGUAAUACACGACGUGGACUCGGGACCGAUUUGUGCAUCAAAGCGGCGCAUCAUCCUGCGUCGGGAUCCCACGGACAAGGCGCACCGCACACGUGGCUUUGGGAUGCGCGUGGUCGGUGGCAAGACCGGAGCCGAUGGCCGACUCUUUGCGUACAUUGUCUGGACGGUGCCGGGUGGAGCGGCCGAAAAGAAUGGCCUGCAGCAAGGAGACAAGAUACUCGAAUGGAAUGGGAUGUCCCUCAUCGACCGCAGCUUCGAGGAGGUCUGCUCCAUCAUGGAUCGCACCGGGGACAUUGUGGAACUGCUCGUGGAGCAUGCCACCGAUUUUCGUAUGUGCGAUCUGUUCGAUGAGAAUCUGCCGCCGGGCAAUGCCGGUGGUCAGAGCGGACCACGACGUUCGGGCGAUGGUCCCGUUGGCCUGGGCCUCAUUGCGGAACCCGAAACCACCACAGACAAAUCACCAGCAUCGCCAACAAGACGGAAAUUACCAAAAACUCCGGAACAAAUUGCACGCGAGAAAAUGGUCUCUGGACGUGUCCAGAUUCAGGUUUGGUAUCACGCUGAGCGGCAGGAGCUGGUCGUCUCCCUGAUGGCCGCCGAUGAUCUGGCGCUAAGGGACGAGGCCUACGGGCACGGCAAUCUGCCAGAGGCAUAUGCCAAGGUCCGUAUACUGCCCAAAUGCGGCGAUGGCUGUGUGCAGCAGACGGAGGUCAGUCGACCCACACAGAAUCCCAUUUGGAAUGCGACGCUGACAUUUGGGCACGUCAAGGCCGACAGCCUGAUGGAUCGCUAUAUAGACAUACAGCUGUGGGAUCUGGUGCCGCACACCGAAUCGAUAUUCCUGGGCGAAUGCAGCAUCGAGCUGCAGCAGGCGUUCCUCGACGAUCAGGCCAUCUGGUGCCGGCUGGACGACACCAAGGGAUUGCGUGGCAUCAGCAUGAGCAAGUCGCCGAGUGUGUCGCCACGGGGCUCCAUUGCAGCCGGGGCCGGGGCACCGUGUGGCGGCGAUGUGAGCCGCCUGCUGAGGCGCGACUACAACAUGCAGCGAUCCAUCUCCGAUGAGGUAGACUCCAUUGGAGAUGGGGCAACGCUGCUGCAUCCGGACACCGCCUGGAUGGCGGGCUCCCGGCGCGGCUCAUCGCAAUCGGAGACCAUGGAGGUGGAGGUCUACCAGCUGGGCAAGGACUUCUCGCGCUCAUUGCCGGGCUCGCGUCGAUCGAGUUUCCAGGAUGCCGAAAAGCAGCGGCUCGAGGAGGACGCCAUGGCUACGCCACCCACAUCGUAUCUUGUGGGACGGCGUCGCUCUUCCGUGGCUCGACGCGAUCCGGAUGAGAUCUUGAAAUCCUUGAAGGCUGUCCGCGGCGAACUGGGACGCACCAUGAGUCUGGGCACCGAGCAGCAUAAGCGCAUGGGAUCGCGACGUACCAGUCGCGUCGGUCUGCCGAGUGGACCCAACAGCCGCAAGAGCUCCAUUCUGGAUCUCACGCAGCAGCAGCAACAACUCCAGCAGCUGCAGCUACAGCAGCUGCAGCAGCAGCAGCAACAGCAGCAACAGCAGCAGCAACAUCUGCCAAUUGGCAUUGGCAACAACGACACCAGUCCGCCGUCCGAUGAGGAAGACAAGCGCUUCCGACCCCGCUGGAAGGGAUCGGGCAGCCAGCUGCCGCCCCAGAGCCCCAAGCAGGCGCUGUCGAGACUCAAGCAGGCCGCCUCCGUCUCGAAUGUGGCCCAGGAGAGGCACAACCAGCUGCUGGGCUCCUCCAGUCAGGGCGACGGCUCGCCGCAGCAUCAGCAGCAGCAGGCCAAUCUACGCAAGGGCAGCAUGAUUAAUCUGCGUGGUCCGGGCCAGGGCCAGGGCCCGGGCCAGGAUAUGCUCUCUGCCGGCCAGCUGCAGCAGCAGCAGCGAAAGAGCAGCAUGUUUCAGCUGGGAGAGGCCCAGGCGCAGCCCCAGGCACAGUCGCUGCAGCGCAAGGGCAGCAUGUAUGUGGGCAAGGGCAGCGACUCGCCCACCAUGGGCACUCCGACGCGGAAGGGCAGCAUCUAUCAGCGGACCAGCACGGAUAGCGGCGACAGUCCGCAGCGGAAGCAGAGCGUGGUCAAGACCCUCAGCGGCAGCUAUGUUAAUGUCUCGGCCAUCACCGGCAGCGAGUCGAGCUACGGCCUGAAGCUGGGUCCUUCGCAGAUCCAUCCCAAGGGUUACCGGCUGACCACGGCUCGUUAUGGGGAGCUGAAGAUGGGUUUUGUGAAAAUCAAAGGGAACGUCGAGGUGGAGCUAAUUUGUGCUCGUAAUAUUGUCAACGAGGACUGCGAGACGCCUCCAGACACAUAUGUCAAAUGUUACAUCAAGGAUGGGGAGCGAUUGCGGCACAAGAAGAAGACGCGCGUGGUGCGCCACUCCGCGGAGCCAUUCUACAGGCAGACCAUUAAGUAUCAGAGCUCGGACGUCUUUGGGCGGAACAUCGUCAUCAUGGUGUGGCAGCGAUGCGUGGGAUUCGAGCACAACCAGGGCCUGGGCGGCACGGAGGUGAAUCUGGACAAGGUGAACAUCGGACAGCACAUCAACGGCUGGUAUCCGCUGUUCCCCAUGCACAGCUACGGGGGCUCCGACUCGGACAACUCUCCUUGACCGAACACGCCAGCGCGUGAGACAUCGAAAACAAUAAUUCAAAUGAAAUGCAUGACACCAAGAGAACAUAAACUCGUAAUACUUCAACUGAAAGCUCAAUUUGUUAGCGCCUAAGUAUGGAUCAGCCAUAUAAAAUAUUACACUCCCCUUAUCAGCAGAUAUAGCAUCUCCCAAUUGAAGCAAACCUAGCAAGCUGCAUUAUAGUAUGCGUCCCUCUGUAUGUAAUACUCGUAGUUAUAGUCAAUGAGCUUAGCAUAUCGGUUGGCAGUGGGCAGUGGGCAGUAGGCAGUAGGCAGGAGGUCUGGGUUAUGGGUUAUACUACUUACUAAGUAUUCACGGUGAGAGAGCUUUGUAAGUAAGGUACGUACGGUAGGGGUA